UAACACCGGUUCAAUCUUCUCUCCCACAUAAUCAAAUAAAAACAAAGAGAUUCUCUCUCUCUCUCUCUCUCUCUCUCUCUCUCUCCUUUUUUUAUCUCACUCACCCGGUCUGCUCUGGCCCCGUGGCCGGUCCCGAUGCCUCGUAUUGUCCUGCGCUGUCCCAGGCCUUUCGUUCCUGGAAGCAGCGCGACGGUCGUCAUAACCAGCUGGCGGCUGCUGCUGCUGCUGCUGCUGCUGCUGUUGUCUCCCUCCACCAUAUGCAUAGUUCUGGCUGUACUGUUCUUGAUGUUGCUGGUGAUGUUGUUGGUGCUGGUAGUCCUGAUGGUGUUCGUGUUCGCCAUACCCAGAUGGCUGCGAUCGCGACCGUCCCUGAGGCGGACCGUACGACUGCUGGGCACCGCCAUAUCCGCCCUGUUGACUGUUGUACCCGGGAUCAUGAUACCCCCCUCCAUUAUCGCCGUAGUGGUUAUCAUAUUGAUUGUCAUAACCGGAAUCAUGAUAUCUCUGGUCGUGGUAGUAGCCGCCAUUAUUCGCAGGGGCCUGAUGCUGCUGGUGUUGCUGCUGGUGUUGCUGCCAUCCUGUAGCCGCCGGGGGAGCGCGCUGGUCGUACCGGGAGGGCGGAGGCCGCUGCUGCGAGCGCUGGGGGUAUGCCAUGUAUAUCCAAGCGUGUGGAAGAAGAAGAAGAAGAAGAAGAAGAAGAAGAAGAAGAAGAAGAAGAAGAAGGAUCUAUAGGUCGCUUUUUAUGAUUUUUGAUGGAGAAAAAAUUGGCUUGGAGGUUGGUUUUGGUGGUGGCUCUCGGUCAAAGGCCCAGGCGCAUAAAGGAGGGAGACGAAAAGAAAAGACAACACAGACUCCAGGCAAGGCUCUCGGACAGAGAGACGAUAGACACGACUAUCCAGCGAUCUUCUACAAGAACGAGACACCGAUUGAGUCUGUCAGAAACGAAGAGAAGAAGGACCGAGGGCGAAGGGGGGAGGAGGAGGUGGGGAGAAAGAAGUCAGCAGACGUGAAGAUCGCCGGUCUCGAGUCAAUAAGAAUAGAUAGAAUAAAUAGAAUGAAAUGAUGAUCCACGACUGUAAUCUCGACGACACAAUGGCAAUUGGCAAAGGACAAAGGAAGGGCAACACGCGAGAAAGACUCGUUCGUGUUCGCUUUGAGGGGGAAGAAGUCGGUUAAGGAGAGCGAGAUUAGAU